GUUCUCUCAACUCGGAAGUUUCCUUGAGUAACUACAUUUGUUGUUCAGAAAACUACAGUUAAUUGACGCUUUGUGGACAUAUUCUAAUUUUAACACAUACAAACAACAAAAAGUACAUAUAUUUAGCAGCUGGUAAAGCAGUCAGGUCAUGAUGACCACCCUCGUUCAUGACACCACUGAGGCAGUGUGUCUGUGUCAGGAGUACAACCUGUUCCUGAAACCCAUCGACAAGUUGACGUUGAGUGUGGCACUGCCCCAGCUGAAGCUGCCUGGGAAGAGCAUCUCUAACUGGGAGGUGAUGGAGAGGGUGAAGGCCAUGGUGGCUCCUGAACAGUUCUCUGCCCUCAGGAUCUCUAAGAGCACCAUGGACUUUAUCCGCUUCGAGGGCGAGGUGGAGAACAGAGGGGUGGUGAAGAUCCUACUGGCCAAACUGGAUGGCAAGAGCAUCAAACUCAGUGGCUUCACUGACAUACUCAAGGUGCGUGCAGUGGAGAAUAAGAUGGACUUCCCGACACGUUAUGACUGGGACUCGUUCUUCCGUGACGCCAAGGACAUGAACGAUACGGUUCCAGGGGAGAGGCCAGACACCAUCCACUUGGAGGGCCUGCCCUGCCGCUGGUUUACCCUGCCUGACGGUCCCCCUGAUCGGCCCUCCGAGACGGCCCUGCAGACCAUCUUCCAGGGCUUUGGUCAGGUGCGUCAUGUAGACAUCCCCAUGUUGGACCCGUACAGAGAGGAGACUCUUGAUAAGAACUUCAACACCUUCACCUUCGGCGGCCAUCUUAACUUUGAGGCGUACGUCCAGUACCAGGAGUACGAUGGCUUCGCCAAGGCCAUGGACACACUGAGAGGCAUGAAGCUCAUGUACAAAGGAGAGGACGGCAAGGCUGUGGCCUGCAACAUCAAGGUGACCUUUGACACCAGUAAGCACCUGAGUGACGUGGCUCUGAAGAGACGGCAGCAGGAACGACUGAGAAUAUUGGAGUUGGAGAGACAGAGGGAGGAGCUGAAACGCAAGGAGAAGGAGGAAGAGGAGAGACACAAGGAGGAGGAGAGGAAACAGAAGGAGGCGGAGGAGGAGGAAAAGGAACGGAGGAGGGAGGAGAGGAUACGGAAACGAGAGCAGAAGCUGAGAGACCGGGAGGAGAGGAGGAACCUAAAGAAGGUGAAGAGGAGACAGGAGGAGGAGCAGAAGAAGUUGCAGAUGAAGAUUGCGACGGAGGAGAGAAGGCUGUUGUUGGCUCAGAGGAACCUGGAGUCUAUACGCCUUAUCGCUGAACUACUGGGCAGGGCCAAGGCUCUGAAACAGCAACAGCAGGAGAAGGAGAGAGUGGAGAGAGAGGAGCGAGAGAAAGAGGAGUUAGCCAGGCAGAAGGAGGAGUUAGCCCGGCUGGAGCAGCUUGAGGCCUGCAGGCGGGAACAGGAGGCGGAGUUGAGACGUGUGGAGUUAGAGAAAGGGCGUGCCUUGGAUCUGCAGCGCAGAGAGAGAGAGCUGAGGGAGAGACUGGUUGGUAACCUGCUGAAGAAGGCUGGAGGAGAGGGAGAAAACCAGACCUCCACCCAGCCCUCAGCCCUGACCAUACACAAGGGAGACAGCUCCGACCUGAGUAAGACAAGCAGGGCCCUGGGGGUGAACGGGGUGAGACCGAGGGGAGAGGAGAGACCCAGAGCUAUGGUACGAUCACACGUCACUGAGAAACAGAUGGGAGAGAGGCGAGGAGGCAUGGAGGAGAGGCGAGGAGGCAUGGAGGAGAGGAGAGGAGGCAUGGAGGAGAGGAGAGGUAAUGAAUGGAGAAGCAGAGAGGCGAGGGAGAAACCUCGAGAAAGGGAGAGGAGUCGGUCCCAUAGCCAGUGUAGGAGGAGGUACAGCCACAGCCGGAGACAAAGAAGCUCUAGUAGAAAGAGGAGUGAUAGUCGAAGGAGGAGGAGGAGUCAUAGUUCUAAGAGGAGAAGCGAAAGCAGACGGAGGAGAAGUCGCAUUUCUAAGAGGAGAAGCGAUAGCAGACGGAGGAGUGGUAGUCGUAGCCACAGGAGAGACAGUCACCAUGGACGGGGCCGCAGCAGCAGGAGCACCAGCCAUGAUUGGAGCAGAAGCUCUAGUGAGAGGAGCCACAGCAGAGGGAGGAGGGGCCAUAGACAUAGUCGACAUAAAGACAGCAGGAGCAGAUCUAGUAGCAGCAGCUCUAGGAGUAGAGAGAGGAGCAGGGAGAAGGACAGGAGUACAGAGAGGAGUAGAGACAGGGACUCCAGGAAGCGUAGUAGGAGUCGUUCUCGUUCCAGACGACACUAAACGCAGCCAGAGGAGACAGAAGAGGACCCUAUGCCUGGGUCUAGUUUAAGUGAUGCAUGGUCAGGUGUUCUAGUAUGCUACUGUCUGGGCCAUAUCAGCUUCUUACACACACACCUCUUUCUCUCUCUCUCUCUCUCUCGCUCUCUCCCCCCAAUGCUCUUUGUUCAUCUCUAGUUGGUUUAUUUACUGAAUUAAAAUGCUAUACUGGUAUUAUGUUCUGUUUGACACAUGUAGUGUAGAUUCCAUAUGUACUGUAGAUUGAUCACGCGGUUAGUAUGCGUCUCCUGUGUGGAAGGACACACAAAAAAUACUUGAUCUUUUUAGGGUCACAGUGAAUGGCCUGGAUUGUGUUUCAGAAGAACCGCUUUAGUUGGAUUCUUGGAAUUGUAGUUAAGUAUUAGUGCUUCAGCAGGAUGCAGGGAUCUGUAGUCCUGUGGGAAAAUGUCUAGUACAGUAGAUAGACAGCUGUAGUUUAAGUCAAGCUUUUUACCCUAGGAUAAAGUAGGGGGGUAUUAAACAACUGACCGACGUUGGUUCAAUUACUUGAAUUCUAUUUAGUUUGUGCCGUUUUUCUAGAGAGAAAUCGAAUCAUUCAUGAGAGAAAUCGAAGCCAAAGACUUACAGGCUAAAGAUGACCAGAUGUCAUGUUUCUGAGUUCCACGUUUGACCACCAGACGAGACCGUAGUUUUAGUUCUAACUUGGUUAAAUGAUAACGUCACUAUGGCUCCUCCUCCCUCGGGAACUAGAAGCACAAGCAUUUCGCUACACUUGCAAUAACAUCUGCUAACCAUGUGUAUGUGACCAAUAAAAAUUGAUUUGAUAAUGUCACUAUAACAAAGUGGUUCUGUAUGAACAUUUUAAGUUGCCUUAUUGUUGAAAGUAUGUAAAACAGAGUAGAGUGGUGUGAGUGGGUAAUAUUGCAUAUAGGUUGUAUAAAGGUCAGGGUGUCAGGAGGCUCAUCAGUCUGUACUGUAUAUUCUCAUGUUUCUCUGCUCUGAUGGGCGGCAGCAUGUCUUCAACACACUUGUCAUUUUAUUUGUUGUAAUAAAGAAACUACAAAAAAGUUGUGAUUUAUUUCAGAUGUGUAUUCUGACUGAAUGCGUGGAUAGCCUACUAACCUAAUACCUACUAGGGAUGGACAUGAGUAAUCGAGUACUGGAACGGACACCAAAGCUCGAUCUUUAACCAGACAUUUAAAAAAUAUAUAUCUAUUCUACAUUGUUUAAACUAUUUGGUGGAAUGUGCUUUGUGGCUGCCCGAACGGGCAAGUUAAAUUUUGUCUUGGAGACGAUGUUCAUUUGCUUUGGCUCUAGUGUUGUAUUUGUGCAUUUGCGGGGCAAAACAAAAAAUAAACAAAUCCAAGCAUCACACA